AAAAUUAGACAAUUUUCCGUCCUUUAACUGUUUUCUAAUAAUAAAAAACACGAGUGUGCCACUGAAUUUAAUCUCGUUACAAAAUAUAAAAAAUCCUUGUUGAACAAUUUUCUGACAGCUGUCAUGUCAUCUGUCAAACAUCGAUAACGGUAACCUAAAAAUUAAAAAAUAGCCAAUUUUCCGUUCUUGAGCUGUUUUUUAAUAUAAGAAAGACGGGAGUGCCGCUGAAUUUAAUGUCUCGUGUUUAAGUAACUAAUCUAAGUCAAACACAAUUAUCAAGACGCUCCCAAAGUGUAAAUUUGGGUAAAUACAAAAAUGGCGUUCAAUUUUCCUGCAUUUUCGUAUAUCAUUGCACUAAUCGUCGACGCUUUCCUUAUAUUUUUCUCCCUGUUUCAUGUGAUUGCAUUUGAUGAAUUAAAAACUGAUUACAAGAACCCCAUUGACCAGUGCAAUAGCUUAAAUCCACUAGUGGUGCCCGAGUACCUCCUUCACAUUUUCUUUAACAUCCUUUUUGUUGCCGCUGGAGAAUGGUUUUCACUGCUUCUCAACAUCCCACUGAUCAUUUAUCACAUAAAUAGAUACAGGACGAGGCCUGUGAUGUCAGGUUUGGGGAUUUACGACCCCACUAGUAUUAUGAAUGCUGAUGUCCUGACCAGAUGUCAGAGGGAAGGGUGGAUUAAACUCGCGUUUUACUUGUUAUCCUUCUUUUAUUACCUCUAUGGGUAUGUAAUAGCGUUAGAGAACGCUCAUGAUCACACAUGAUAGUUGUCGUUUUUGUACUGUUAUUUGACAAUUUCUGGUCAUAAGAAUAUUAAAUUUAUCUAAUGUAAAAUGCUCUCAAUAAACUAUAUAAACACGAAUAUUACUCUUUAUGACAAGUUGGCAAUAAUAAGAUAAGAAUUAACGAACUGUUCAUAUGGCUGUGUUUAUAUAGAAGUGGUGUGAUCUUGUGCUAAAUUUUAAAUUGACUUUAUUAUUUUUAAAUCAGAACCGAAAUCCUUAACUAUCUGUUUGUUGCAGAAUGAUUUACUGUUUAAUCUCGGCGUGAGUACUUGCAACUUCCAAAGAAUUGAGAAGAAAUAAUUGAGGGUGGGAUUAAAAAGGAUUUCGGUUCUUAUUAUUAUGUUUUAGUAAUUGAGUAACGUAAUAUUAAGCAUAAUGGAAAGAACUGACUUCCUUUAAUACUAGGGCAGUUAUUGUGAUUUAUUUAGAUUGUUUGUACACGAUCCUGUUCAGUCUUUUCUGAGAAAUAUACACAUUGAUCACUUGUUAAACAUACUUAUCAGAAAAGAUUUACAUCAUAAUUACAUACAUUACUAGUACUUUAUAUUAUUUCAAGGUAUUGUGUAAAUAAAAAUUUAUCAGCGA